AUACCACUCAGAGGGUAAGAAAAUUAUAGGAACCCUAAGACUAAUCCUCUCCACCUCCACUCACUGCCUGGGGCCCAGCUCUACAGCGACUGGCACCCGUGGUGAGCACCAAGCCCCCUUACCACCAGGCCUGCGGUCACGAGGCAGCUGGGCCCUGCAGCUGGGAAACUUCCCAUGUACGGGGUACUCCCAGAGCACUUAUCACAGAAGCACACGGUCCCUGGUGGAACACUCCUGCCCUCCAUCCUCCACCCUACCAGGCAUUUUCAGUCUGUCCUAGGCAAGACAGAUGAACGCUCAACCAGGAUGCCUCAAAGCGGGCAAAGAUGUGUCCAGAAAAAAAAUCACAGUCAUUCAGGGUAUGAAGAUGCUAGCAUCACCUUGGCCAAAUGCCAGAGGUCUUCCUGGAAGAGGGCCCAAACUCGAUCCUAAAGAAUGCUGUCAGUAGUGCGAACGGAACUGUGACUUUUAGGCGGGGCGAGCGUCCACAGGAUAAGCCGAGUAAGGAGACAGUGAGGGCUAGGGCUGUAGGAGGGACCCUGGACUUCCUGAGAAGAGGGCAGAAGCACAAGCAAUAGCCAGAGCCGAAGAGCCGGAGAGGGUAAUGGAGGAGGGGAGGAUCUGAGAGACACGUUGGGACCCAGCCUGUGGUAAGCAAAGUGACAGAGCUGUCCCAGAGUUUCAAAGGAAAAUCAGGACAGAUUUAGAAAGAGCCUGUGGGAGUGGAUGUGAUGCCCACAGGAGCAGAGCUGAGGCAUUCCCUAACAGAACCAGUCCCCAGAGCAACAGGCUCCCCCUUAGGCUCCCUUACCCUUCCUGCCUGGCCUGACCUACCCCCACCCCUCUGGUGGAGGGGCCCUGUUGAUGACACCUUGUCAGCAUCCUCACGCCCAGCACUAAUUGCAUAACGUUUCCUCUCCCUUUGAGCAGGAGCCUAGGGAAGUGGCAGAUAGGGGAUACGGUGCCGUCCCGGGACACUGGCAUCUUGGCUCGGAGAAGACUCCAGCACCUUUCACGCCACACCCUCUCCAGAGAUGGGGAAGGGGCUCCAGAGAUCCUCAUCCUUGCUUGCUGUGCUCCCUCUGGGCCUUCCUUCCCCAGUGUAAACAAUCCCAGGCUCCCACCAGCGUCAGGCCCAGUGAAAACAGUGAUGCAGGGGACGUUGACGUCCCCUCCCAUGCCUCUCCAUCACCUGGCCUCUGCCUCUCCCUGCUUCUCUCCUCCAUAGCCACCUCAAAACCUUCAGCCUGAUAUCCUCAUCCUUGUCCUGUUCCAGACCUUUGAACAGGGCAUUUGCCACUUGAAAGUGGACAAAGAUAUAAGGUAAAAGAAUGCUCCUCGUGAUGGAAUGUUUCAGAAUGCUGGAGGAAGGACUUGGGGGUAGAGUUCACUAGGAAAGCCUAUGCAUAUAGAUUCAUGGGCCUUGAAAGAAGUAUCUCUAGGUGCUGGGUGUGUGCUCUAGGAGGUACAAGCAGUAACACCACUUCUGUCAGCCACAGCGAAGCCCCAGGUGGUGGGGAGAGGGGACUGACCUUGUACAGGCAUAAUGGGGAAACUAAGAGGUUCCUACCCAGGCAAGGGUGGGGCACUGGGGGGCUGUCAUCCAAGUUUAUUUUCACCAUGGCCCAGAGAAAAAGAAAUGAGGCGACUUCAGAUCCUUUCAGGAUAGAGACCACUGUCCAGGCUGCCCAGUAUCGGGGGUGUGGGGCUCAUGCAAAGGCCCUUGGUGGGGAGGAGGGAGGUGAUCUCAGUUAUGAGAUGAGGAUCAGGCUGAGAAUCUGAGGUAAUCUGAGCAGAUACUAGAAUUCAGUUCUUAAGGAGCAGAAUCUGGGCCUGAACCAAGCUCCAGGCCAUGCUGGGAGGGGAAAGGGACCCCCAGCCACACAGCCUGAGGCUAUGGGAGCACCAAAUUGUUGGGCAACCUGCUGAGUGCCAGUCCUUUUAUCACACGUAGCUAACCCUUACAGCCGUGGGCAUCAGAGCCCCAAUUCACAGGCUCACAAGCAGCUUCAGAGGAAUUACAAGACUGGUCCAGUCUUUACUGAGAGGCAGAUUUUUUUUUUUUUUAAGAUUUAUUUUUUUAAUUAUCUUUUUAUUUAUUUUGGCUGUGUUGGGUCUUUGUUGCUGCACACGGGCUUUCUCUAGUUGUAGUGAGCGGGGGCUACUCUUCAUUGUGGUGCGUGGGCUUCUCUUGUUGCAGAGCACGGGCUCUAGGCGCGUGGGCUUCGGCAGUUGCGGCACAUGGGCUCAGUAGUUGUGGCUCGCAGGCUCUAGCGCGCAGGCCCAGUAGUUGCAGCGCACGGGCUUAGUUGCUCCGUGGCAUAUGGGAUCUUCCCAGCCCAGGGCUCGAACUCGUGUCCCCUGCAUUGGCAGGCGGAUUCCUAACCACUGCGCCACCAGGGAAGCCCCUGAGAGGCAGAUUUAAACCUGGAUUGGCUCAGUUCCAAAUCUCAAUCUGUCCCAUUGUUACACAGGACCUCCAAGUCCUGAGGGCACUUUGACCUGGGCAAGUGCACAGCCUCUUACCAGUGGGCUGAGAGAUGGUGGUUCAAGAUGAAACCCAGCCUGCGUCUGUGGCCUGAGGCUGGAUUGAGGGCAGGCAGAAGUCAUGGUCAAGAAUCCUCGCUGGGGGCUGCAGCCCCUGACAGUCUUAUCUAGUAUCACAGAAAUGAAUUCCACCACCUAAAUGAAUCUUCCAGAUACAUAAAGCUCACCCCUUUACAAUUUAAAAUUUUUAAAAACUCAUUUUGGAAGGAAAUCAUUCUAAAACAUCACACGUAUCUUCAGCACAUCUGCAAUAUAAUAUAAAUCCUUCUGGAUCAUUCAUAGAAACCAAAAACCUCUGCAGCAAUGUUUUCAGAAGCUGUAACAGCGUCAGAAAAGCUAUUUGCCUAAAUGCCAGAUGACCUUGGACCACUUUUUAAAUGCUUAUGACUUAAAAAGUUUUCUGUGAUGUUGCUUCCCUUGCUACCAGGCUAUCAGCGGUCACUAGCUGCUAUAAAUGUGCUUCUCAUCUUCAAGCAUAGGAGCACACAUGGACACAUUAAAAUUGUGAAUAAAGUAAGGACAAGCAGGCCGUGAUUGAGGACUGAAGAGUCUGUCCAACGAGUAACAUACAUGAGGAUUGUAGCUGCUUAAGAGUUCUUUCUUGCUCCCUCUAGACCCCACAGUGUUGGCCUGUAAUUGACCUCCACAGAAGUGAAGUGUCGCUGCACUAGUAAUCCCAAGAUCACUGUUUGCUUCUUCAAUUGGAAAAGUCCACUGGAAAUCACCGUAUAGAUUGUUCCCAAUAACAGGAGACAGUUGGAAUAUUUAAGACAAGGAAGGCAGCACUGCGUAGAGAUGAAAAACAACUCUGGCAUUGGAAAGAUGUGGGUGGGAAUCCUGGUGUCCCCAUUUUCCAGUUGCAUGAUUGAUUCGGGGGACAGGCCACUCACCUACCACUCUGAGCCUCAGGGUCAUGAGGAUGAAAGGAGAGAAUGCAGGAAGGUGCUGAGCACAGCAUCUGGCAAAGGUGGAGUGAGAAGGGGCCAGGAGAUUGGAAUGUGUGUUUGGGUGCUUGGGAUGUCAGGAAGACAAGGGUGGGAGCCUGAAGGGAAAGGAGCAGUAAAGGAGCUCCGCUAUUCUCGCUUCCCCCCAGGAGGCAGGCGUCAUUGUGUGUCUGCCUUGUGUCGUCCAGAGGCCUGGGGCUGCCCCAGAGAGCGCUGAGAGGGGGCUGGCACCCCCACGUGGGACUGGGAACUUCUUCCAGAGGGCUAGUUGUCCCUCCCCUUUCUCCUGCUCUGAUUAACACGAGGUUGGUGGGCCCGGCAGGGAAGGAGAGAUGCGGAGGGAGGCCCCGGAAUGGUUUGUACCCACCUGAACCUAGUUAAAAAAUGAAGCUGACCAAACAAAGCAGCCCUGUCUCCUUCCUCAUAGCCCCCAUCUGCCUAGGGGCCAGGCUGGGAAAUGGGUACUUUUGUGGGUCUUAGCCCAGAGGGGUGAUAUGGGGAAGAAGGGGGUGGCGGGGAAGCUUGGUGGUGGGGUGGCUGUCCUCCUGUCCCUGCAUCUCUUUUGGUUUCUUCUUUUAGCCCCUCCAUUUACCUACUGAGCAUCCACUCUGGGCUGAACGUUGGGCUAAGGGGCUGGGAUAUGGAGACAAAUGAUACAGUCCUGGCCCCUGGAGAAAGACCAUCCAGGCCCUGGGUCCUUGCCUCCUCCCAUCCUCAGCUCCCUUGCCCACUGACCCCUCACCCCACUUCUCUGAACCCCUGUCUCUUCUGCCCCUCUGACUUUGUUCUGUUCAGAGCCAGACUCCGCAGUGUGUGCUCCCAGAGGGAAGACACACAAAGGAAGGGGGUGGGGGGGUGCGCAGAAAGGAGGGAAUCCCGCUGACAUCACAGCUCAUUAGCAUGUGUGACCUCAUCGGGGGAGGGGGGUGGGACUAUUUCCCCAGGUGUCUAGGGGGAGGGCAUGGGGGUGGUAUUUAAAGGGAAAAGCUGACAGUGCUGCUGAGUGAGGGAGCGGGUGCUGCACGCCGCCAGGCUGCACACGCACACGCACAACGAUGCACACGGACCUCGACACCGACAUGGACACGGACACGGAAACCACAGCACUCUGCCCCGCCGGCAGCCACCGGGCCUCCCCGCCAGGGACACCCACAGCAGAAGCAGACGCCACAUUGCUGAAGAAGCCAGAGAAACUGUUGGCAGGGUUGGACCGGGGCGGGCCACCCCCUGCCCUAGGGGCCCCCAGACGAAGAGGCAGUAUGCCUGUCCCCUACAAGCACCAGCUGCGGCGCGCCCAGGCUGUAGAUGAACUUGACUGGCCACCUCAAGCCUCAUCCUCUGGCUCCUCUGACUCCCUGGGCUCAGGGGAGGCAGCCCCCACCCUAAAAGAUGGCAUCUUCAAGGUCAUGCUGGUGGGGGAGAGCGGCGUGGGCAAGAGCACCCUAGCAGGCACUUUCGGUGGUCUUCAGGGAGACAGUGCUCACGAGCCGGAGAACCCAGAGGACACCUAUGAGAGACGCAUCAUGGUGGAUAAGGAGGAAGUGACUCUAGUUGUUUAUGACAUCUGGGAACAGGGGGAUGCAGGGGGGUGGCUGCGGGACCACUGCCUUCAGACGGGGGAUGCCUUUCUCAUCGUCUUCUCAGUCACCGACCGAAGAAGCUUCUCCAAAGUUCCAGAGACCCUACUACGGCUCAGGGCUGGGAGGCCCCACCACGACCUGCCUGUCAUCCUCGUUGGAAACAAGAGUGACCUGGCCCGCUCCCGGGAGGUCUCACUGGAGGAGGGCCGCCAUCUGGCAGGGACACUGAGCUGCAAGCACAUCGAGACGUCCGCCGCGCUGCACCACAACACGCGGGAGCUCUUCGAGGGAGCGGUGCGCCAGAUCCGGCUGCGGCGGGGCCGGAACCGGGCCGGGGGCCCGCGGCCCGAGUGGGGCAGCCCCGAGGGCCCCGCGCCGCCCGCGCGCCGAGAGAGCCUCACCAAGAAGGCCAAGCGCUUCCUUGCCAACCUGGUGCCGCGCAACGCCAAGUUCUUCAAGCAGCGCUCCAGGUCGUGUCACGACCUCUCCGUGCUCUGAGCCGCGGUCGCCAUGGUCACCGCGGUCGCCAUGGUCACCGCGCCCUCCGCUCGCCCCCUCGCCCCGCCCCGCCCCCGCCCGGCUUCCUCUGUGAAGUCCAUCUAGGAAACCAAAAACUCCCAGGACGCCCUGGUGUGACCGCGGGAGCCAGGUGCUCCUCACCCAGGCCCGGCGGGCGUCGCCCCGCCCGCUCCACGCGCUCUCCGGUUACCUCCCGGCUUCGGAGCUCCCGGAAGGCGAGCACGCGGGCCCGCGAGGGGCGCGCUGCGGCCGCUGGGCGGGGCGGCUUCCGGCGGGCGGGGACGAAAGUAGUUCUGCAAGGUACUUUGUUUAUUAAUUCGCGCUUGACCACCUCUCCUGUAAAGAGAUGCUUAAAGCAAGAACUGGAAAAGUGCUUUGUAGACUCCUUUACAGUUUUCCACCUUUGUACUCAGCGCGAAUAUGCCUCAACUUUAGAAGAUUCUUAAAGGUAAAGACACGGAGCCGCUUCCUUGAGACUUUCCUAAAGCGUCCUGGCUCCGAUGUGCUGCACUUGUCCACUUUGCCUUUAAGAAGUUCUUAAAGGCAAGAGUCUGCAAGCGCUGUUCUUCAGGAUUGUCUGUGAUUUGUCGAAUACGCCACAGCACUUCCCCUUUAAGGUUAUUAAAGGUAAGGUGUGCAGAGACUCUUGCCUGAAGAGCUGAGUGGUGGCAGCCCGCCCUUGGCCAGGGCCCAGGAGGCACCAGCAAGGGGGCUACCCUUCCCUUUUCAAUAAAGAAUUUUUCU